AUGUCUGCGCCGCAGGUGCUGAAGCUCGCCCUCGAGGCGUGCAGACCUGUACGACCGCGACAUCAAUUGCUGUCCUUGACAAGCUCCAAGUCUUCUCAACCGUCAACGACGAGGAUACGACCGUUGGUGCAAGGACGAUUUAUCACUACCGCACCCCGGCUACAUGAGGAAAAGCCAUCAGAGCGCGAUAUAACAACGGGGUUUCCUAUGCCCGAAGCAGAUCCGGACUCGGAAAAUGUGACUGCGGACGUCCAGAGUUCCUCGCUCGAUGCAGAAGCUACACCAUCAUCAGGAGUUGCCCCAAGCUCAAGAGCAGGAGAAGGCUUUGCCGCGCCCCCAAAAACAGCGCAGCCAGCCGUUUCACAGGGGGCCGGGCCAUCAUCGAUGCUCGAUAGCGUCUCCAAUCCUUCCUCAGAAACUGCCAAACCUGAGUCUGAGGAAGCGCCAGAACAACUAUUUCCACCCAAUGUUCUUGCCACACACCUAGCGCCCAUGCGCCAUCAGCCAAAGUACGGUGUUCCCGUUGCCUCGCUUCAACUCCGCUCCUACUCAAUUCGUAACCUCGAGUUCUUCGCCGACUUCUGCAUGCGCGCCGCCUUCUACCUCAAGAUGCCCGCCCGUGGCCCUGUCCCGCUGCCUCGCCGCACCGAGCGCUGGACCACGCUGCGCUCCAACUUUGUGCACAAGAAAUCACAAGAGAACUUCGAGCGGAUAACGUACAAGCGUCUGAUCACAGUCAUGGAUGGCGACAAGAGUGCCGUCGAGGCCUGGCUCGCAUACGUCCGCAAAUGGCAGUUUUACGGCGUCGGCAUGAAGGCGAACGUAUGGGAGUUUGAGGGCGUAGACGUGGCCAAGAACAUGGACAAGGAUUACAACGAGGAAAUCAGCAAGCACUUGGACGAAAAGCUGAACUUGUACGGCUGGAAGAAGAACAUCGGCCAGAAAGCCACCGUGCAAAACCUGCUACUGAACAGCCAGAGGAGUCGGAACGUUGUUGGUGCGCCCAUGGCAAACGUCAGAAACCCAAGCAUGAGCCGUGAGAUGAGGGGGAAAACCUUGGGUAUCGACGACUCAGCUAAGAGCUGA